CCUCUAGAGACGUCCGAUAACAUAAUGGACUGCAUACCUUUGCCAGAUCUGGUUGCCCUUGGUAAAACUUGUAAACAAUCUCGAAUCGAUGUCACAAAAUACAAGGAACGGGUUUUUAGCAUUCAACAUGCAUAUCGCAAUUUUUUCAGUGUUGAGGAGAUUGCAGAGUUUCAAAUGUUGCAGCAAUCGAUUGGAUUAUUGGUUUCUGGCUCAAUCGCUCUCGAGUUUUUCAAUCGAGAAGCUUAUGAUGGUGACCUGGAUGCAUUCUGCAACGUCCAGCAUUGUAAAGUUGCUGGAGAAUGGUUAAUGUCUCAUGGUUACUUGUACCAGUGCAAAGAAGGUCAAGCUGUUGAAUUCAUUGACUCCUUCGCGGAAACAUCUAUCACCUCCACCACCAUUGAUGCAGAUCCAGAGGAGUAUCGGUCUAAUACAGUCGCCGCAGUUUGGGAUUUUGUGAGAAGCUCCUCCAAAAUUCAGCUCAUUGCUACAUGCGAUGCACCUUUAGAAUGCAUCUUUUCGUUCCAUUCAACCUGUGUAAUGAAUGUCUUGACACAUCGAGCGGCAUAUUGUCUUUUCUCUAAACUCACAUUAGAAGACAAGACGACAAUGCUCAUUGACACUCAACCGCCUUUAACCCAACGAGAAAUGUAUCCGAUUCAGAAGUACAAAAAUCGUGGAUUUAGCAUCAUGCACAGGCCUACGUUCAGGCUAAUUUGCGAUCCGUCGUCCUCGAUAUCUGUUUUGACCCCGAGAUACAUAGGUGACAAACAUUGUUACCGCAUACCGUUUCGUCGACCAUAUGCUGGCACGGAUGCUGUCGACUUUUUGGAGCUGAAUAGUUGGACCAUGGCUUAUGUGACGAAUUACAACACAAUCAACAUAACUGUUCUUGAUAUACCAGGAGCAGUUGUCAACUGCGUAUUUGGACCACAAAAUCUUGCUCAGGUUAGAACUCAACUUUCUUCUAUAAAGACCCUCAUCAGAUCAGGCGUAUUACGGUACGAAAAAGCCUCGAGAAUAAGAUACAAGCAUAUGCUAAUUUUAUCCUUAGGACUGAUGUUGCUAUAA